GGGAAGUUUGAACGCAAACGAAGUAGCGACGUCUGACAAACUUGUAAACAUUGUUUACAUACCGUGCGGGUUCUCAUAGAAGACUUAUACACAGAAACCUUGUCAGAAUGAUGGCCUCCGGUGAGCUGGAGGAACUUAUCCAACAUCUUAAUGACAAGAUCUCAUUGACCAGGAGAGUCCUGGAACUGCGCACCAUUGCGAAGGAUGCAGACAAGAGGAAAAUCCUCCUAAAGACAGGGCAAGACAUUGUGGCCACCAAUGGGCUCCUGAACCAGCUAGAGGCACUCAUUGAGCGGCAGAGGAACAAUCUGUCCUGCUUGAAGGAGCUUGAGGAGUUUUUCCUCGAGGACUUACGAGAUGGACAGCACCUCAAGGACAACCCUCCACCGCACCUGCCUAGAAAGGGUCAUCAUACAGCUCACAGCGUAGCUCCAUCUCAAGGUGAGGCGAAACAGGCACAGGACGCUCGGGACAAGGACCCACCCCCGAAGGCUCAACGCAACCUGAUACGAGAGAUGGAGUACAUCACCACACAGGAGUUUGACAGCAUCCCACAGUAUAUGAAGGGCCGUGUGACAUACAGUCAGCUGAACGCAGCCGUCCAGAGCAUCAACACAGCCGUCAAGGGGAAGUACAGCAUCCUGCACCAGCCGACCAAGACAAUGAGCAGUGCUGCACGCAAGCUGUACCAGCGCUUCAAGGAUGAGGAGACCAAGGACACGAAAGGCCAAUUCUUCGUGGUGGAGGAGGACCUCCAUGAGUUCACACAGCUGAAGACGGACAAGCGAUUCCAGAGCAUGCUGAGCAUGUUGCGCCACUGCCAGAGGCUGCGGGAGCUGCGAGGGGGUGGCUUGACACGCUACGUCCUGUUGUGAUUCGCAUUAUCUGCUGCACUGCAGGACUUCUGUUUGGACUUUUGCAUGACCCCAUACUGCAGACUGCAGAGAGCACCUCCUGGUGCCAAACAGCAUGGGAUGGGGACACAUCCACGUAAGUUUCGACAACCUGGGCACGUAAACACUGAGUGAGAAACGGGGGUUAGAAAAAUGCUCCUAUUGGCUGAUCCCCAUCCCACUGUUGCAACAGAAACCUACAUUGGUUUGACAUGCAAUGUAAAUUUUUUUUUUUAUUUUUUUUUCCCCUCUCUCUUUCAAAAUGCAGGAAUGAGUUUUGUUGUAAGUACAAGAGUGAGUUUGUAACAAAAUUGAGGAAAAGCCCUCCUGUACGACCCUGAUAUCGAACAUCUUCAUUCAU